CUUUCCCCCCUUCUUUCCGUCGCCACUAGAGAAAGAAAGAGAGAGUCUGCUGCCAUCGAAUCACACCAUCCUCACCGCUCGGCACCUGUAACCUGGUUCUAGAUGUUCGGGCGUGUGCGCGGGUCGCGCUCAGGGAAGAAGCUAGAAGCGCGAGGCCUCGGGGUGAAGGGAAUUCUUUGCGUAGUUGAAUCUCCGCCGCGGGAUCGCGCCACCGCGUGGGCAGGAGAGUCUUCACCCCUAACCGAGGAGAAGAACAUGUGCUCAAGGAGGAGCCUUACAAUGAAGAAUAUGAGCUCAUCUAGGUGGUGUCUCCCAGUCAGCUUGUUGGCGCCAAGGAUUAAUAUGUAGUCCGUUUUAUGGUUAUCAUUUAUUUUUGUAAGACUUCAGCUAUGUAAUAAUGAUACUUGUGUCAUUUAUCUCUAUACACUUUGUCAUUAUAUGG